GGGAAUUAGCUGACGGGCGUGGCUAAGGUGACGGACGGGCAUGGCUGUGCGAUAGUGCAGUCAGCUGAUCGGCCGUGACCACGACUUCCGCCGGCCUCCUCCGAGGUGACAAGUCGCUUUGUCAACGGAACGUUUACCACAUUUCUAGUUCAAAGAACUACCCUGCAGUGCUCUCCUGCUAGUGUGCUGCUGCCAUCUAGUGGAGGACGCUCCAACAAACCGCCGUCCACCCACCGGCACCGUUCUAGCGUCAGCUGUUUUGAACCUCUGUGUUUAUGAUGAUUAGCAGAAGACUUUCUCACGUACAUAACCUAAAUCUCUCUGUUUUGGAGCUGUCUCUAUCGAGUUCAAGGGUGAAAAGCACCCUUGCACCAUAUUCAGAACACAUGUCUUCCCGUGAAUCCGAUGGCUGGAGAUUUUUCAACCAGAUAUUAGGUUUUAGUGGUGUAAACAGCAGAUUUGCAAGUCGGAGUUCAGCGUCACCUUCUCCAGGAGCUUCUCAGUCUCAUUCCGAUGAUGACAGUCCAGCGUAUUAUUUUGGUGCAACUGAAAAAUCAAAUAAUUUUCGAAGAGAAAGUACAGUUGACGAUGAAGCUAGAGUUGUUGCUUUACUCAAGGAAAUUCUGGCAUAUCAGGACACUAACAUGAGUAACUGGAUCAUUGAAAGUAAGGUAAAAUCUUUAUGUGCGGCAUACUCGUAUUUGUUAAAACCUCACAAGGAAGGAUUCUUGAAAGUGUUGGCUUGUGACUAUGCUAUUGAUCACAAUGCAGUGCGCAAGGCUGCGGAGCAAAUGGCGCAACUUGAGGAGGAAAGGAACUUAAGCAAGCAGUUUAUUAAAUUAGAGGAAAAGCUGAAAAAUUCUUUAACCGCACAAUAUUCGUGGCUCUUCAUGCAUGUUGGCCGCCUGGAGAGAGGAGUAAAGUUUUUAGUUGAUCUUCGGACUGAUGUCCUUGAUUUAAUCUCACAGUUGGACCCAUUUGACCAAGCUGUUGUACCAAUGCAAAGAUUAAAUUCCACUCUUCGAGAAUUACUAUCAAUGUGGUUUUCAGUUGGUUUUUUGGCUGUAGAAAGAGUCACCUGGAAAUCUCCUUGUGAAAUGCUGCAGAAGAUAUCAGAGUAUGAAGCUGUACACCCAGUCCGCAGUUGGACUGAUCUAAAGCGGAGAGUGGGAUUAUACCGACGAUGUUUUGUAUACACUCAUAAUAGCAUGCCUGAUGAACCUAUAGUUGUCCUACACAUAGCUUUGUGUGACGAAAUAUCAUCAAGCAUGGCAGGAAUUGUUGCAGCUGCUUCUCGCCUUUCAGUUGAUACUUCUAUAGCUGAGAUAGGUCUUCCAGGUGUUCAUCAAGAAACAGAAGAUCCAGCUCUCGUCAAAGCUGCUGUUUUCUAUUCCAUCACAUCCACUCAACAGGGCUUAAAGGGCAUUGAACUGGGAAAUUAUUUAAUAAAGAGGGCAGCUGAGGAGCUACAGGCAGAAUUUCCCCAGGUCACUCAAUUUUCUACUUUGUCAAAUAAGAUUCUUCUGAUGGCACAGUUAGUGUUUAAUGACAAUUAAUAUUGUUAAUAUCUCUAUUACUGUGAUAACAUCUUACUAAUAUUUAUCUGAGACUUAUGUUCUUUUUUAUUUAAGAUGUGAUUUUCUAAAGGUUUCUGGUAGAGGUACAUUCUCGGUGAAGUAGAUUUGAACAUGUAUGCAUAAAAAAGGCAGACCAACUUGGAUUUAUUCUAAACUAUACUAUCUAGAUCUCAAUGGCUAGCAUUAAUAUGAUGUUUUAUUGCACAUAUGGUACUUGUGUUGCUCUUUGUUGAUCUUUGUACACAUAGUAUUCUUUUUCUUUCUUUAUUGUAUCUUCUCAUCUAUUCUCUGCAGUGUGUUCCUGGUUUUACUGCUCUAUCACAUAUGACAUGACUGUUGUUUAGUUUAUGUGAAUUUUAUGUGUCUGUUAAUGAUAAAUGCAUUUUUUUAAAUGCAUAAAAAUUUU